GUUUUGGCAGACGCGUAUCUCUUCUCUUGCACAAUCGACUAAUAUUAUCGGAAUUUUCGAAAUAAGUUAAUUCCUAAUGAAUGAGGCAUGGUUGAACGUGCUGAUGCAGCGUCAGAGUCACGUCGAGUCUCGUGUAUCAUAAACAAACGUGCUCCGAAGUGCAACGUUGCAGAUCUUCGGUCAGACCAGUCCGCGUCCGGCUGCCGACUACAUGUGAAGUGCGAAUGGACAAAAAUGUGCAAGUGAUUGUUUUAAUUCAUAAAACAGAUCCACAUAAUGUCUGCAGCGACGAAAACCAAAACAACUCAUAUAGAACCACCCGAAUUCAUGAAAAAUCUUACACAAUGCAGAGUUUGCCAUGUCAUACAUAAAUCUAUUGAAGGGAUCGAGUGCGACAAUAACAAUAAUAAUAUAGAAACAACAGAGGCGCUGAUAAAUGAGCAAUACGGCUCUGACCAACCUUUAAGAAGGAUACCGGAAUUCUCCUGGCUCCGACGAUGGGAGCAACGGAUGGGUUUCGAAACGGAACUUAUCUGGUUGAACAUUAUAGCCAUAUCCGUGUUACAUAUCAUCACUGUUGUAUGGUUCGCUUACAAUUUAAUGACCGGUCACUUCCCGAAGUGGCAGAGUGCAGUCUACGGUUACUUCGUAGGCAACGUGGCCGGGUUCGGCGUCACGGCCGGCGUGCAUCGAUAUUGGUGUCAUCGCUCCUACAAAGCCACGCUGCCACUGCAGUGGAUCCUCAUUAUAUGUUACUCUGUGGCCGGACAGAACCCCAUCCCAGAGUGGGUGCGCGACCACCGCGUGCACCACAAGUUCUCGGAGACGUCGGCGGACCCACACGACGCGCGGCGCGGGUUCUUCUUCGCGCACGUCGGCUGGCUCAUGAUGAGGAAGCACCCGGACGUCGUCCGCGAGGGCCGCAAGAUCGACAUGAGUGACGUGUCCCAAGACUCGCUUGUGCAGUUUCAUACGAAACACUUCAAACUGUUUAAGACAGCGUUCUGCUUCGUACUGCCGACGCUGGUGCCCGUGUGGGGGUGGGCCGAGAGCUGGGAGUACGCGGUACUCUCGCAGGUGUUCCUGCGUUAUCUGAUGAGCCUGAACUUCACGUGGGCGGUUAACAGCUUCGCGCACUUGUGGGGCAAUAAGCCUUACGACCCGAAUAUCACGCCAGUUGAAAACUGGGGCGUGUCUGCCGUCGCGCUGGGCGAGGGCUGGCACAACUACCACCACACGUUCCCCUGGGACUACAAGGCCGCCGAGCUGGGCUACUCCCUGAACUUCACCACGCUGCUGCUGGACGGCUUCGCGAAGAUCGGAUGGGCGCACAACCUCAAACAAGCCUCGCCACAACUUAUAAAAGCGGUGGUCGAGAGAAAACACAAACACUAACUAGUGAACGACCGCUUCUCCAUACAAAAAAGUAGGCCCCACUUUCCUCUCUGGAUCUUGAUAUAUGUAAAAUUCUUAUACAAUUUGAUGUAGAUAUAUCAACCACAGCUAUUAUAAUAGUUAGGAGAGACAAAUAGGCGACUACACGGAGAAACGGUUAAGUGCCGUCGUCCACUUUCGCCUGGCUAAUGAUUCGGUGAAAUUUUUGUUUUUUUUUUUAAACAAAUUAUAGCCAGCUUGAAAUUAAUUUUUUAAUACAGUUGCUCAAAAAGUGCUACUUUUCGUGGCUGUUUAGCGUGCGGAAAGUUGGUUUUCGCGAACUAGUGCUUUUUACUUUUCAAAUUUUUUUAAAUUUUUACUUGUUCCAAUUCAUGACUACUUAUUGAUAAGUGUUAAUAUUACCUUCCUUCCUUUAAACGUCGUAAUUUACAUAUAAACCUACUGUUAAUGUAAGAAUACGAAAAAUAUGCAUAUUUCAUAUUCUAUUACUUACCUCUUCAUCAUUAUAAGUAUUAUAACACGUUUAUUUUUUAAUGUUGAAAAACCGUUCUUAAUAAGUUGUCUGAAUGGAACGGAAGGCCUGUCAAAGAAAAGCGUAUUUUCUUACUGCAAGAAUGUUUUAAGUUUCCAAAGGCAACAUUCGAUAUUGUUUUUAUAAAUAUACGAUACACAAAUAAUCAUAAAUAACGAUAUUUAGGUAAUAAUAGUACAAUGUUUUAAUAUUUACAAUUGUUUCUGUCUUAUAGAACAUGCAUUUGAAAAAAAAAACUUUCAUUGAAGUGGGUUCAAUAAUAAUAACAAAAUCUAUUCUAGUCGAAUAAAAGCUAGAAAAACACUUCUUCAUAAUGUCAAUAUCAAUGAUGUCAUACAGAAUUAAUAAUAUAAAAGUUUCGAAUUCCGUUCCUUACUUGUUGCUUUUCUUAUUUUUUCGCAACUGUAUUAAAAAACGUCGUUCCAUACACGUGCGGAAAUGUCAUUCUUCACUCGUCCCGAGUCUUGCCACUCGCCUACGGCUCGGUACUCGUGAAGUAAUGACAUACUUUCCGCACUAGCAUCGAAAUGUACUAUAGUAUGAUACCUUUGGGUACGGUGCUUUACGCACACUAGUGUCCAAAGUCAAAGUAUUCAAUAUAUUCUUUAUUCAAAUAGGCCUAAUCCGCCUAGGUACUUUCCCCAAAAAAUAAAAAAUAAACUGUCAACCGGGACAUAUUUCAUGCUAAAAGGGGGGGUUGCGUCAGGGGGAGGAGAGGGGACGCUAGUGUGCGUAAAGCACCAUACCCAAAGGUAUCAUACUACAUUCAUUUCAUGCUGUCUAUAAUUUGUUUGUCUUCCCCAUACAUUACAACAUAACUUGACCGAAUCAUUAGCACAAAACGGAAUUUAAAAAUGGCUAAUGCCGCCGCUGUUGGGGGUGAAACAUCACUGCACCUGACAGCACAAACGAGUGCGUUGCAUUGCAACUAUUAAACAUUUACUAUAGGCACAAGGCUAGUUUUGGAUUGAAAUAUUUGUUUACAUGCAGCAAAUACACGUUACACCUUCUUUUUUUCGGUACGUGCAUCUGAUUUUUGGUUGCUGCAAUUAUUUAAUUUAUUUGUAGUAAUGGCCUACCUCUGAACUCGUAAGUAUAGUUUUACGCGGUUCACUGAUGCAAAUUCGCACGUCGCUCCGGUGUAUAAGCGUGACAGGGCUAUGCACGCAUUAAAGCGAUGUCCCGCUCGCACACCGGAGCGACGUGCGAAUUCGGAUCUAAUGUGAAGACGCCUUACAGGUGGAUAAUUAUUGAUUUAUUUCCAAUCGACUAUAAUGUUUAAUUAGGUAUAUUUAUUCACAAAUAUAUUAGACGUAUAUUGGCUGUUCAUAUUUUUAUUAAAACAAUACUUACUGCGUAAUAAGAAUUUAACGUACUCAUAUAUUUAAGGUAUAAAUUGAAAAAAGUGAUAUUAGUAAUAGAGAAAAAGAAAUACAUAUUUAUUCUACUUUGUUUUAUGACAUUAUGUCCUGGUGAUAUUGCAAAAAGUAUAAAAAUAUAGGUAGCAUGUAAUGCAGCUAUAUUUUUAAAUACCUACAUAGCUCGACACCUAACCCCGCUCAAGAUUCGAAUCUUAGAUUAAGUUGGCCGGUCAUAAUGAAAACGAAAAUUAAGUUUUUCUACUUUUAUUUUAAGUUUUUUUUUAUAAAUAUACCUAUUUAUUUAAAAAAAUCCUUAGUUUCUUUCUAGUGAAAUUAAAACCAAAAGUCCUGCAUUUAAUGUAAUAGGCACGUAUAAUGAGUAAUUGAGUAGGUAUACGAUUUCAAGCUAUCAUGAUCAUUUACAAACUAUACCUACCAAUUCAUAGACCUAGCAUUACAUAGACCAGCUAUACGCGUGCGCCCGUAAGGGAUAGACAUAGAUGACUUCAUAAACGUGGGGAUACCAUAUUGGUAAAAAUUACCCCAAUAUUUGAUAUCACGUUGGGGCGAUUACCCUGGAGGCAAAGUUAGCUUGUUUGACGGUAUUAAAAAAUUGUUAAAUAAAAUGUCAAUGGG